AUGUCGCCUGUCGUAAUCCAUCUCCGGUCUGAGACCAAGCCGCUAGAGCGUCGCUCUCCACUGUCACCUUCGACUGCUAAGGCUUUGCUCGACGCUGGCUACGUAGUUCGAGUGGAGGAAUCUCCGGACCGUAUCUACAAGAGCGAUGAGUUCAGAGCUGUGGGGGCUGAGAUUGUGCCUACUGGCUCUUGGGUCAAUGCACCCAAGGGCGACAUUAUCCUGGGAUUGAAGGAGAUUGAAGCAGAUGGAACACCGUUGCCUCACACCUACGUUCAUUUUGCUCACGUAUACAAAAACCAAACUGGCUGGGCUACUGAGCUGUCUCGCUUCUCAAACGCAGGUGGCUUGCUGUAUGACUUGGAGUUCCUCACGGACCAAGAUGGAAGACGAGUAGCUGCAUUCGGACAUUGGGCUGGAUAUGCCGGGACUGCACUGGCACUCCUAUCUUGGGCUCAUCAGCUGCUCAACCCUGGUGUACCCCAAGGCCCGGCUCCGGUUGUCGAAUCUGCCUCUGCUUUGACUGACCUUGUCAAGGCCAAGGUCGACGCUGCAAUUUCCGCCAACGACGGCGCGCAUCCUCGACUGAUCGUGAUCGGUGCCCUGGGACGCGUCGGCAAGGGCGCCGUUGCAGCAGCUGAGGCCAUCGGCGUUAGUGACAUUCUGAAAUGGGAUGUCGCCGAGACAAGCAAGGGCGGCCCGUUUGCCGAGAUCGCUGCGUCUGACAUCUUUGUGAACUGCGUAUACCUGGGCUCCAACAAGAUCCCGCCGUUCACAACUCUCGAAGCUCUCUCAACACCCGACAGACGACUCCGGGUCAUCUGCGACGUCAGUUGUGAAAACAGCGAGAACAAUCCCGUUCCAGUCUACUCCAGCUACAGUUCGUUCGAGAACCCGACUGUUCCUACCUCCGGGCACAUCGAUGGACCUGAGCUGCGCAUCAUCGCCAUCGAUAUCCUUCCUUCUAUGGUUGCACGUGAGUCAAGUGAUGAGUAUGCCUCGCAACUUCUGCCAAGUUUGUUGACUCUGGACCGCCGGGAUACUGAAGAGGUUUGGCGGCGAGCGGAACGAAUCUUUCACCAGAAGGUUGCAGAACUGCCCUAA